AUGGUUCAUCUGGAUGGUACUUCAAUUCUCUGCAGAGUGAAUGCUUUCCUGUUUGUUUCCACUCAGAUGCAAACAUGGUUGUGUCAGCGCCAACUGGAAGUGGUUAAAACAGUCAUCUUUGAGCUUUGCAUUUUGAGGCUCCUUUCACGAUUUCUCUCUGAGGAUGGUAGGCUCGUUCACACAAAUGGAACUCUCAAAACGAUCUAUAUAGCCCCAUCAAAGGCUUUAGUCCAGGAGAAGGUUCGCGAUUGGAAUCAGAAGUUCGGGUCUUGGGGGAUAAAUUGCUUGGAGCUCACUGGAGAUAACGAAUUUUACAACACCAGGAAUAUACAGGAAGCAGACAUUAUUUUAACCACUCCUGAGAAAUUUGAUGCAGUAACCCGGUAUCGUGCAAAGGAUGGUGGACUGAGCUUUUUCAGCGAUAUAGCACUUCUACUUAUUGAUGAAGUUCAUCUGUUGAAUGAUCCUCGUGGAGCGGUUUUGGAGGCAAUAGUUAGUAGAAUAAAAAUGCUUGCUCACAACCCUGAACUGAAAUCAAGCUCUCUGGCUCAUGUUCGUUUUCUAGCUGUCUCUGCUACCAUUCCAAAUAUUGAGGACCUUGCGGAAUGGCUCAAGGUUCCUGUCCGAGGAGUUAAAAGGUUUGGAGAAGAGAUGAGGCCUGUAAAGUUGACUACAAAAGUUUUCGGUUACACUCCAGCAAAAAAUGAUUUUCUAUUUGAAAAGCGCCUUCAAAACUACAUUUUCGAUAUCCUCAUGCAAUAUUCGAGAGGGAAAUCUGCUCUGGUUUUCUGUUCUACUAGAAAAGGUGCACAAGAAGCAGCACAUAGACUCUCUCAGACAGUCAUGGCCUUUGGCCAUUCAAAUCCGUUCAUUAAAAACAGAGAACAGCAAGAGAGGCUAAGGGAAGCUUCAUUAUCAUGCAGUGACAAACAAAUGCAAUCUUAUAUUCCUUAUGGUGUUGGUUAUCACAAUGGUGGCCUUUCCAUGAAGGAUCGUAAUCUUGUCGAAAGUCUUUUUCUUAAGGGUGAUAUUCAAAUUUUGUGCACAACAAAUACUCUUGCUCAUGGAAUCAACCUACCGGCACAUACAGUAGUCAUAAAAUCAACACAACACUUCAACAAAGAAAAAGGUCUCUACAUGGAAUAUGACAGAUCUACAAUACAACAGAUGUGUGGGAGGGCAGGUCGGCCACCAUUUGAUGAUACAGGAAUGGUUAUAAUCAUGACAAGAAGAGAUACGGUUCACUUAUACGAGAAUCUCUUGAAUGGAUGUGAGAUGGUGGAAUCGCAAUUGCUUUCAUGUUUGACGGAGCAUUUAACUGCAGAGAUAGUUCAACUGACUGUCUCUAAUAUUCCAAGCGCAAUUGAAUGGAUGAAGUGCUCUUUCUUGUAUAACCCUGGGCACUAUGCAGUUAGAAAAGUGAUUUCUAAAGACCACAUAGAAAAACAUAUGCAAGACGUCUGUGUAAAGAAAGUUAAUGAGUUGUCCCUCCAUCAGAUGAUCUGGACGGAUAAAGAUGGUUUUCUCUUGAAACCACUAGAACCUGGGAGGCUGAUGACGAAAUACUACCUGAAAUUUGACACAAUGAAACACAUUAUGCAGACACCCGUAAACUGCAGUUUGGAAGAUGCUCUUCAUGUUAUAUGCCGUUCUGAGGAAAUUGCAUGGAUACAGCUCAGACGUAAUGAGAAGAAGCUUCUAAAUGACAUAAACGCUGAUAAAGAUGGUCGACUUCGCUUUCAUAUCCUUGAUGACAAAGGAAAGCGAAAAAAGCGUAUUCAAACCAGAGAAGAAAAGAUAUUUGUUCUGGCUAAUGACUGCUUGACUGGUGAUCCUUCGGUUCAUGAUUUAUCCCUUACCCAGGAUAUGAACUCUAUAUGCUCAAAUGGCUGUAGAAUUGCCAGGUGCAUGAAAGAAUUUUUUAUUUACCAAAAGAACUACAAAGGAGCCCUGAACUCAAUGCUUCUGGCAAAGUCAUUAUAUCAAAAACUCUGGGAUGACAGUCCAUACCUGCUGAAACAAUUGCCUGGGAUUGGAAUGGUGACUGCAAAGGCAUUACAUUCAAUGGGAGUAAAAUCAUUUGGGACACUGGCUGAGGCUGAUCCCAGGAGAAUAGAGAUAGUCACUGGUCGAAAGUACCCUUUUGGAAACCAUUUAAAAGACUCUCUACACUCGCUACCUCCAAAAGUUGAGAUGAAGGUUGAGGAAACUGAAUGCCAGAGGCAAGGGAAAUUGAAGCUGGUGGUAACAUUGACUCGGCUAUCACAGACAUUCCAACCAACCAAACGACACUAUGCUGAUAUGAUUGUUGGUUCAGAAGAAGAUAACCUGAUUCUCUUUCAUGAGAAAAUAAGAGUGGAAGAAUUCUCCAGCCCCUAUAGCGCAACAAUUCUCCUGUCAAAUCCCCAACAAGGAAAGCUGACUGUAAAGGCUAAUCUUAUUUUUGAAGAAUACAUUGGCAUUGAUAUCUACCAAAAACUUAUAUUUAUGAAGGACAAUUUAAGUGUGAAUAACAAACGGGGAAAGAAACCACCCUCUUUUCCCCCACCUGAGGAAGUAUGUAUCAUCGAAGAUGAUGCUAUACGUCAGUCUCCAACCAAAGAGCUUCUGAACUCGACCAAAUUCAAGAGGGUAAAUGAUUCCAUGCCCAGUUUCAACCUCCUGGAUGAAGAGUCUGAAGAAGAUGCGGCUGCUCCCAAUGUUCACGAAGAUGAGAUUGCUGCCAAGGCUGAAGACGGUGAAUGCAAAAUCAUUACACAACAAACAGUAUUUGACCACAUACGUGAGAAAGCGAAGAACUUCCCUGUCUUGGCGCCAUCAAAUGUUGUGCGCUCUCCAUCCUCAGAGCCCUUAGUUUUGACAAGAAAACGUGCUCGUGAGAAGCAGCUUGAACCCCAUAACCAAGUUGAGGUUUUGGAAGAGUUGGAAUGGAAUAAAAUUCCAAGAUGGGCGGUGGUGAAUCCAUCUUCAGAAUCCGAAGAGACAGAACAAAAUCAAAAUAACCUCAUGGAUGAGAGAGCUGGGCUUCCUCUUGAACCUGGAGAUGGCGCAUUCAAAACUUCAAGAGAAGAAACAAUAUUUGAGCACAUACGAACAAAAGCCAAGAAUUUUCUGGUGAUCAACAAAUCGAAAGUGGUGGAGUCUGGGUCCUUAACCAAAACAAAAGAACAACCCUCUAAGAAUCAUCCUGUGUUGAGCAUGGAUCCUUCUGGCGUGCAAAAAGGAACAAACUCAAAUAAAGUAUUGAGAAACACUGCACUCAUCUCAGAUUUGGAAACCAAAGAGGUGGAAAAAGAUGAAUGUGGGAUAUCGAAUGCUUCUCCUAGAGGUUUAGGCAACGCUGCUCAUCUAUCAUCCAGUAAAAUGCUAUCGUUUGAUAUCUCCAUGUCGAAGAAUACCAGGCCAUCAGCAGAUCCAGGCAGCUCCAUGGAUUGCAGAACAAGGAAACAGCAGCCGUCUCCAAUUGUACCACAAAGACAGUGCUGCACAUUGACAACAGUUGCCAAAACCAGGGAAGUAGAAACAUUUCUUGGAUUUCAGAGUGUCUUUUCUUUUCUCUGA